CCACGGAGUCUUGCGAAGCGGCGUUACUUCAAGUUAUGUCCUGAGCAGUAUUACCUAAGCUACAGGGACGGAUCUGUUGCUCCCCCGCUUCUUGUCCCCACUGGAGCUCGGGGUAACCUGACCCUUGAUGAACCUCGGCAUGGGCGUCAAGAUCAGCGCGUUCCCCGGCGAGGCGGCUGGAGGGAGGCAUUCUUGGAAAUUUGAUUCAACGCCCAAUACCAUUCCGUAACGCUCGACUUAAUUCACCUGUGAACCGAUGUUCGAACCCGUUCCCUAAAGCUCAUCAAAGGAAUCACGAUAAAGCUGAAGGGCCUCACCAGGAUUAAUUAGGAUUACGUUCCUAACUUCGCCCCAAACGCGCGCCCAUAAUGUCGGCCCAGAUCCCCAUUGCCGUCCGCAGUCGUGUAAGCGACCGGGCGAAGACGACGCUGGACGUUGUUGCUAAGUUUGUGGAGGAGGAAUGCAUCCCAGCCGAUUCUGUCUUUGAUGCCCAGAUCGGCGAAGGAGACGCGCGAUGGGAGAGCCACCCGCAGGUCAUCGACGACCUCAAGGCCAAAGCCAAGACGCUCGGGCUCUGGAACAUGUUUCUGCCCAAGGGCCACUACAAGGAGUCGCCGGGCUUCACAAAUCUCGAGUACGGCCUAAUGGCCGAGUGGCUGGGCAAGUCCCGCGUGGCCUCGGAGGCCGUCAACUGCGCUGCACCCGACACGGGGAACAUGGAAGUCCUCGCCAAGUACGGAAACGACGCCCAGAAGGCCCAAUGGCUCAAGCCGCUGAUGGACGGCGAGAUCCGCUCCGCCUUUCUGAUGACCGAGCCCCAGGUCGCCUCGUCUGACGCGAGGAACAUCGAGAUGAAGAUUGAGAAGGACGGGAAUGGCUACGUGCUGAAUGGCCAGAAAUGGUGGUCGAGCGGUGCUGGUGACCCACGAUGCAAGAUUUACAUUGUCAUGGGCAAGACCGAUGCCCGGAACACGGACCCCUACCAACAACAAUCAGUCAUCCUGGUACCUUCGGACACCAAGGGCAUUACCAUCCACCGCAUGCUGUCCGUCUACGGGUACGACGACGCUCCUCAUGGCCACGGGCACAUCACAUUCCACAACGUCCGCGUUCCAGCUGCUAAUAUGGUAUUGGGCGAGGGCCGAGGCUUCGAGAUCAUCCAGGGAAGACUAGGUCCCGGCCGCAUCCAUCAUGCGAUGCGCACGAUUGGCGCGGCCGAAAGAGCUCUUGAGUGGAUGCUGAUGCGCAUCAACGACCCCACGAAGACGCCGUUCGGCAAGCAGCUGCGCGAGCACGGCGUCAUCCUAGAAUGGGUGGCCAAGUCGCGGUUAGAAAUCGACGCUGCCCGUCUCGUGGUGCUCAAUGCCGCCGUGAAAAUGGACGAGGAAGGCCCCAAGGCAGCCCUGAAGGAGAUUGCACAAGCCAAGGUGCUCGUCCCUCAGAUGGCCCUGACUGUCAUCGACCGGGCGGUACAGUCCUUUGGGGGAGCAGGCGUGAGCCAGGACACGCCGUUGGCCAACAUGUGGGCGCAGAUCAGGACAUUGAGGUUGGCAGAUGGCCCAGACGAGGUUCAUCUGCAGCAGAUGGGUCGAAACGAGAACCGACGCGGCAAGGCCGUCGCCAUCAAGAUCAACGAGCAGAGGGCCAAGGCAGCAAGGUUGUUGGAGCAGUACAAGGUGAGGAAGACUGAGAUCGGAUCAAAUAUCCAAAGGUCCAAGCUCUAAGUUGUUAGAAGGUGCCUUCUAAGGUGGCUCUUCUGGGUCUCCCAGACAAAUCUAUUGAUUUGUACAUCAUGUUAAAAGUCACUGGCAAAAUCUCGUACAGGCUCUUUGUAUGCCAGACUGGACUGAAGGGGGUCCAUCGGCCAACUUUCUUAGCUUCUCAAUGUAUUGAAAGAGUCAACAUAGCACAAUCACAUUCCAAGCUAGGUUUCAAUCUGUCAAGGAAAUCGACAAGAUGGAGUUACAAGAAAGGCACUUGAUUCAUACUAUUAUUCAACUCUGUAUUAUCUACACC